AUGUAUGAAGACGACAGCGAGACGAAGAAGCUGCUGCCGGAGAUUGGACAAGUUCGCAAUCGCAAAGCGGGUUGGAAAAAAGAUCAAGUUAAAGGGAAGUGGAAGCAGCUUUCCUCGCACGAUGAACUGUUUGAGUGGGCAGCGUCGAGACUAUGUAGCAGUAAGGAAGAAUUUGAUGCUGUGGAAGAACGCGAGCUCGUCGUCCUUGAUGUAUUUCAGUCCAACGAGGCACAAGAGACCAAAGAGACUACGUACGGGAUGGAUCUCAGUUGCAAACGCCUUCUGCAGAACUUCAAGACUGCUGAUGAUGAUGGAGAUCCUGUUUCGCUCUCGUGUGAUGGGACGUAUCGCUUGACGGACGCUGGGUGGACUUUGAUCAACAUCGGCGUUGUGGGCGUCGUGUAUGACGCUAAGGAGCGGCAGCACCAUCAACGCUUUUAUCCUGGUGUCUUUGGCUUUGUUCGCACGCAUAUCGAACUGUUUAGCCUGGAAGAUGCCUUCAAGGGCUAG